GACUUUUUGGCGGGAACGCGAGGAGUGAAGUUGUGUGAUUUGUUUUAUUUUGUCUAUUUUGUGUUCCUUCAAGUUAAAUGUGUAAUAACGGUGGUUUAUUAACCGUUUAAUAUCUGUGAAAGUGCACAAAUGUGGGAAAAUGAAACAAAGCCGCUAGACGUAACUUCUCGGGAUCCUCCAAAAAGUCCACUGAAAAAAUCUCAGUAAAUGACCACCAUUUUACUAAGAUUAUAUUUCAUCCCAUAUCAUCUCAUCUCAUUACAUUUAAUUUCAUCCCAGUUGAUUAAUGUCUCAAAUUGAUAACCUUCACUUCAUUUCACUACAUAUUCUAAUUUUUCAUAAAACUAAGAAUUUAAUUUGAAAUAAGCUAUAACUUAAAGCUCUUAGUUACCAGGUCAUAAAAUACCUUUAAAAAAAAGAAAUCACAGAUUGAUUAUUAAAAAAUGUGUAUAGGUACAUACCCUAAUACCUCGAAAAAUUUAAUACUAUAAUUAUAUAAUUAUAAUUGAUUUAUUUAUUGCUGUACCUUGAUAUUAAUGAAACACAAAUAUUUGUUUGCUAUUAAAGCAAAUAAUGAAUUUAGAUACAAAUAUAGAUAGGAUUAUUUUGAAGUUGUGUUUGCACUAUAAAUAUUCACCACCAAUAUGGAUUAAGAAAAAUGAAAAAGAAUGAAAACAAUUAAAACUUAACAAAAAACUUUCGUAUUGUUGAAUAAUAAAAUUACACAUUGUACUUUUACUGCCAGUUAAUUAACGAUUAGAAACAAUGAAACGAAAAACUUGUUUGAUCGAGACUUUUGAGUCCUGUGAAAAUUACGACAAAAAGCAUCGAAAUAUCCAAAGUGGAACGGCUACAAUGUACAAAAACACCAUUUGGUAUCAUACUUUACUAGAUGCUGAAAAAUCAUGUCUCAAGGAAGAAAAAGUUAAAAAAAUUCAUUAUAAGUUCGAAGACGGUAGAGAAAUGGUAGAGGAAUAUAAUGUAGAUACACAAGUUUUAUUACGUAGAGCUUGGAAGGUGAAAGGAAAACUUGGUGGUGAAGGAAAAUGGCAUGUAGAAAUUGGUGAUCCCAUACCUGAUGCUAUUUCAAAUAGUGAUUGUGCUGAAAUAACUGAAUGCAAAGACCAGCCUCAAGUAUUCAGGAGGAAUACGAGAAUAAAUUUAGAAUGGAGAAUAAGAAAUCUACCAUACCCAAUUGAAACAUAUUCUAUUAGUGCAAACAAUGAUGAAAGGUGCAUAGUUAUUAGAACAACAAACAAAAAAUACUUUAAAAAGUUUAAAAUACCUGAACUUGAGAGGCUGAACUUAAAUAUAGAGCAAGCUAAUAUACAAUCUUCUCAUCAUUUCAACACAUUAAUAAUUAUGUACAAGAAACCUCAACAACUACUCGACAUGGAGAAGGAAUGGUAUGAAGAAUUAAAGAAGGUAAAACCAAUCAAGGACAUACCUAAUGAUUGUAAAACCCAAUAAAAUUAAACAGUCACUAAGAUAUCUAUGGAGUUUAACUUGAAUAAAUCAAUAAGAUACUGUCCAAUUUAUAAUUAAAACUUAUACAAAAUACACUUGUAAUUGUACAAAGACAAA